GGCGCCUUUCGCAUAGUCAAAAGUACCACCGUCAGAUGAUAUUACCUUGAAGCCAAAGAAAUCCGCCCUAGAUUCUAAUCGCGCGGAUUCAACUUCCCCUUUCUAACUUGCCUCGAAAGAAUUCAACACAUUCAAUAACCCGAUUUACAAGGGUUUAUAAUUUUCCCGAUCUGAAUUUCUCCUUCUCUUCUCAUUUGCUAAACCCUUAAUCAUUCUCUUCAAAACCAAUGUCUCUUCUCUGAAACCCCCUUUUCAAUUGGACAUACUAUAAAUCCUUGAGUCAAUGUUUGCAUCAAAAAUCACUACUUGUGCAGCAGCUUUAACUGUUGCAGCUGCUACUGCUACAUUAAAUAAUCCUGUUUACGCUGAUGGAUUCUCUCCGUUUUCUUCAUCUUCUUCGUCUUCACAGAACAAUGGAACAACUGACUCAAAGGAUGACACAUCGUCAGUGGAUGAUGAACCAAAGGGGGGUUUUGACCCUGAGUCGUUAGAGAGUGCGGCUAAAUCUCUUAGAGAGAUUAAUAAUAAUCGAUACUCUAAAGAGGUUUUUAAAGUGAUGAGGAUGCAGGAAGCUACCCGUUUAAAAGAAUCGGAGGCUGAGAAAGCUGAACUUUUGGCAAGGCAAGCUCAAAAUGACAUUGAGCGGCAAAGGAAAAUGGCUCAAGAACAAUUUAACCUAUUACAGCAAGAUGCGCAAGCAAAAGCACAAAUAUUGCGCUAUGAAGAUGAGUUGGCGAGAAAAAGGAUGCAGACUGAUCAUGAGUCGGGGAGGCGUCACAAUGCUGAAUUGGUUAGGAUGCAAGAGGAAUCCGCCGCCAAACAGGAGGACCAUAAACGUGCCGCAGAAGAGCAAAUCCAAGCUCAGUUACGACGAACUGAGAAAGAGAAUGCUGAAAUAGAGCGUGAAACAGUAAGAUUUAAAAUUGAAGAGGAAGCUAAAGGUCGAGCCCUUGAGGAAAGGCUGUCUGAAGAUGUUAACAGAAGAAUGCUUGUAGAAUCUUUGAAGGGUGAAACAGAAAAUUGGCUUUCUGCAAUAAAUACAACUUUUGGUCACAUCGAAGGAGGUUUCAGGAUUUUGUUUACCGACCGGACCAAGUUACUUAUGGCUGUUGGAGGAGUUACAGCACUAGCUGCAGGAGUUUAUACUACAAGAGAAGGUGCAAGAGUAACAUGGGGUUACAUCAAUCGGAUAUUGGGCCAGCCAUCACUUAUCCGAGAAUCAUCAAUCGCCAAAUACCCGUGGUCAGGGAUGGUUACGAGUGGUGUUGGUAAGCUAUUCAAGAAAAGUACCACAGCUGGAGGAAUGGGCUUCAUGCAAAACAAAACCAAUUCUGGAAGCAUAGUUCUUCACCCUUCACUGCAGAGGCGGAUAGAGCAACUUGCCCGGGCCACUGCAAAUACCAAGACUCAUCAGGCACCAUUCCGAAACAUGCUUUUCUAUGGCCCCCCUGGGACUGGCAAAACCAUGGUUGCAAAAGAGAUAGCUCGGAAAUCUGGUCUGGAUUAUGCCAUGAUGACAGGAGGAGAUGUGGCCCCACUGGGUGCUGAGGCUGUUACCAAAAUCCAUCAGCUAUUUGAUUGGGCAAAAAAAUCAAACAAAGGCCUCUUACUAUUCAUAGACGAGGCUGAUGCGUUCCUCUGCGAGCGUAAUAGUAUUCAUAUGAGUGAAGCUCAGCGUAGUGCACUUAAUGCAUUGCUCUUUCGAACUGGAGAUCAAUCACGAGAUAUUGUUCUUGUACUCGCGACCAACAGACCAGGCGAUCUUGACAGUGCUAUUACAGACCGUAUAGAUGAAGUUAUUGAAUUCCCAGUCCCAGGUGUGGAGGAGCGUUUCAAACUAUUAAACCUCUACUUGAAAAAAUACCUCGAAACUGAGGACGAGUCAGGUUUAAAACUCCUAUUAAAGAAAAAGCCUAAGCAGAUUACCGUAAAGGAUUUGUCAGAGGAUCAGAUAUGGGAGGCUGCACGUAAGACUGAUGGGUUUUCUGGUCGAGAAAUAGCAAAACUCGUGGCUAGUAUUCAAGCAGCCGUGUAUGGACAGUCCGACUGCGCAUUGGAUUCCCACCUAUUCAAGGAGAUUGUCGAUUAUAAAGUAGCUGAACAUCACAGGAGGAAAGAACUCGUAGUUUGAAGAGGGCUAGCGAGCGCAAAAAGUGCGUAAAGUUUUUUUUCACAGAAUUUAAAUUUCUACCUUGGUCCCGGGAAUAGUUUAGGGAAUGAUGCGAAGUUAGAAGUGAUAUGUUCGAUGAAUUGCUACUAUUUUUUUGUUUGGUGAUAUCCUUAGAGCGAACUGUACCCAGUUCUACUAUUUUUUUGUUUGAUGAAUUCUUGAUACCAAAUAGUGCAGUUGUUUUUGUAUUUGAAAUAAUUCAAGUUUUGUCUAAUACUGUUAAAACUACUAUUUUUUUGUUAUGGAGGAAUGAGACUAACUUGAAUAAUA